AUGGGGAGAGAAAUGGUGGUGGUGGAAUUGGAGAAGGAAGAACAGAAAUGGGAAGUGAUGGAGAAGAAAAAGAGGCUGAAAGGCAGAAAAGAAAGAAAGGAUAGACACGGAUUUAACAUGGAAAGAAAGGAAGAUAAGACGAAAGUUGGGAGAGAUAGCAAGGAGAGAAGAGAAAAGAGGAGAAAGGACAUGGAGGAAUGGGAUGUAAUAGUGUUAUCAGAAACAUGGAUGGAAGAGGAAGGAUGGAAGAAGAUGAGAAGGUACCUACCGAAAGGAUACGUAUGGGGAGUGCAAGGAGCAAGUAGAAAGAAGAAGAGAGGAAGAGCGAAAGGAGGCAUGAUUAUGGGGAUAAAAAAGGAGAUUGCAGAGAAGGGAGGAAUGAUGGAGCUGAGUAAGGAGGGCUUUGUGGUAGGAAGAGUAAAGAUAGGGAAGGAAAAAUGGAGGGUGAUAGGAGUAUACGUAGGAGAAGGAAUAGAGAAGGCGUGCAGGGAGAUGGAGAAGUGGACGGAGGAGAAAGAGGAGGAGGUUUACACGAUAAUAGGAGGAGAUUUUAAUGCGAGGACAGGACAAGAGGGGGGUAGAAUCAGAGAUAAGGAGAAUGCGGAAGAGGAGAGGAAAGAGGAAAAGAAAAGAAAGUCGAAAGACAAAUUAAUCAAUGCAGAGGGAAGAAAACUACUGGAAUUCAUGGGAGAAAGAGGUUGGAGCAUAAUGAACGGUAACACAAAGGGAGAUGAGGAGGGAGAAUGGACUUUUACAGGAGGAAGAGGGAACACGGUUAUAGAUUACGUAAUUGGAAAUGAGGAUAGCGGAGAGAAGGUGAGAAGGUUAAGAAUAAGAGACAAGGUGGACUCAGAUCAUCACCCAAUAGAAGUGGAGAUAGAAGGAUGGCAGAGAAGAGAGAGAAGAAAGUCGAGAGGAGGGAGGAGAGGAGUAUGGAAUGAGGAGGGCCGGAGGAUUUUUGAGGGAAAAGUGGGGGAGAUAGGAGAAAUAGGAGGAGGAGAGGAAGAGAUAGAUGGAGAAUGGGAAAGAAUAGAGGAGAGGAUGAAGGAAGUAUUAAGAGCAACAGAGGAGGACUGGAGGAAAGGGAAGAAGGAGAAAAGAGGAUGGUGGGAUGGGGAGUGCAGAGAGGAGAAAAGAAAGGUAAGGAGGGAGCUGAGGAGAUGGUGGAGGGAAGGAGACUACAGAGGAAUGGAGGACAAGAAGGACAAGUGA